AUGUACACGCUUGUAGCAGCGGAUGAAUUAUAUUUCAAAAAUUUAGCUGCAACUUUACAACCUUGUGUGUCUUUGAUCAAAUUUGGUAACAUUGGACCAAAAGACUUCUUUAGAAAAGUAAAGCCUUUUAAGAAAAUCAUUGAUAAAGAUUUGUUUGAUGAGAUUUUGGAGUUUCAUCUAGUCGAGGAAUCGAAACAGAACUCAACUUUAUCACAAUUUAAAAGAAAAGGUGUUGACUCAAUACUAAUUACUUUACAACAUUUGGUACUAAUUUCUAAUUGGAUAGACAAUAAACAUAAUCACACCCAAAAUAAUCAUAACAGCAACAAUAAUAAAUUGUACACAUUAAAAGAUUUUCCCUACGAGCUCAAAUUAUUGUUGAGAGGUACGAGAGAUGGAUUCACACCAAAAAUAUUUCAUCAAAAAUGUGAUCUUAAAGGUCCAACAAUAACAGUGUUGAAAAUUAAAGGCACAAACGAAAUACUAUUUUGA